CAGCCCAGCAACAGAAACAGCGCCAAGAAAAUGAAGCUUUCAAAGCGAUGAUCGACGAUGUGUACCAGAAAAUAACGAAGCAAAUGAACGAUAUGGAAGACAAAUUUGACGAAGACAUGGAACGGGUCGUGAGUUCUAUUAACAAUGAAACCGAACAUGUCAAAGACUUCAUGGGAGAUAACGAAGAUCAUGUCGUCAAAGCGUUUAACAACACUGGAGAUUAUGUCAGUGAGAUCGUAGAGAAACAAGAAGAACAAAUUGAGGAACAGUUCGAAGACCAAACCGCUAAAAUCAAGCAUAAUUCAUACGAAAUUCACAAAGAGACUUCAAAAAAAUUAGAUGUGAUGGGCAAAGAUAUAUCGGCACUUUUUAAGAAUCAAGAUGCGUCUAUUGAUGGUCACAUUUCAAACAUCAGAGAAGAUAUGACUGGCCUUUUCUUGGCACAAGAAAAUGUUCUUGAAGGACAACUGCAGUAUCUUGAGAAGUCGGUGCUUGAUGGAUUAUCAGAAAAGGACGCCAAUUUCUCAACUGCUCUUAUCGAAUUCCAGGGUGACGUGGAAAACGGAUUGGCACAUAUGAAGAAAAGUCUAAUAAACAACGUUGAAGAUGUCAGCGUAAAGGUCAUAAACAAAAUUGAAGACAUGGAAGAGGGCUCACUGAGGAAUAUUUUAUCAUCGGAAGAGCAGAUUACAAGAAUGGUGGAAGAACAAGACAAGAGAAUCAUGGACUUGACUGGCGGCGCGGUAUUUGAUAUCACAAACCAAACUACAGGAACUGAGACAAAACUUAUACAACACCUAGAAAGCGAAGGUGAAAACAGUAGAACGAAAAUCUCAAAUACGUUGGACACCAGUGUCAAAGCCGUCAAAGCUGCCGAGUCAAAGAUCAUUGUUCCUUCCGAAGUUGCGUGUAGUGACAUUGAUAAGGAUCGCCGUAUUGAAUGUGGACCACAAGAGAUAACAUUGGAUGCAUGCGAAGCAAGAAAAUGUUGCUACGAUACAACUAUAACAAAGGCCAUUUGGUGCUUCAAGAAAGAGACGAGCCAUUACGAAUAUUUCGCAUCGAAGUACAAAAGAUUCACCAAUGACGUAGUCGAUCAUGGUAGUUCAUUGCUCAAAACUCUCGUUGGUUUACCUCGAUCAGUCGGGAACACCAUUUCUGAUCUCUUGGAAUACGAUGUCCCAGAAUCUUGUGAAGAAAUCCGAUAUCAUAAUGGUCGCAGUAGGGGAGCAUAUGGCGCAUGGUACGAUAUGAAUCUGGGGAGAAAAUUGGAAAGAGCAAUCUGUAGUGAGAAAAACCUUGGCUGGAUGGUUCUCAUGAUUUUUAAAGAUGCUUCGAGCAUGGUAUCGCAUGCAGAUCGCUCAUUCUCAGAUUACGUUAGUGGAUAUGGUACAACAUCUGAAAAUUUUUGGGCAGGACUGGAAAACAUGCACAGAUGGACGUCUACAGGAACCUUUAAAUUGAGAAUCGAAUUGAAUGAUUUUGAAGUUGGAACCAUUGUACAAACCUAUAAAUCAUUCAAAGUUGGAGACCGUAACAGUGGAUACAAGCUGAGCAUCGGUUCCUUUUUUGCAAAGGAGUCUGACACACUGAUAACGAACGGUGAUUUCAGUUCACAUGAUGGCGCCCAGUUUUCCGCCAAGGACGAAGGGGCACGGAAGAGUUGUGCUGUACAGGGAGGAGGGGGAUGGUGGUACAAAUUUGCUCCAAGUGGUACGAAUCACGCGUGCUAUAAAUUGAAGCUCACCGGAAAACGUUACGCUGAUCCUACAGCAAAGGCUAGUAAGGAGGACGGAAUAACUGCGGGACCAACUACAAUUCUCUACACUGGAGCAAAAAUGUUUAUCAAGCGUUAUUACACGGACACAGUUUGAAGAAUCAAUCGAAGUUACAGAAAAUCUGUUUCUAUAUAAACUAAUGUUUCAAAAGUAGUUUGUUAAUAUUGUGUUUCGUUUAGUGAUUGUUUUAACUGACUGUUUCGGGACUAUUUGGGAGAAGAUUGGUUGAAUACCGUGUUUUACCGAAAAUAAGACAGGGUCUUAUUUCAAUUUUCUAUCGAAAAAUAACACUAUGGAUUAUUUUUGGGGGAUGUCUUUUAUUUUCAUUUAUUAAAAGUAAAAUUACACUUAGAGAAUUACGAUAUUUUCAAAUAUACAAAAUAUAAAGACCGAUAUCCAUUUACUUAAAACUUACUCAUUUACGCAGGCUAGGUCUGAUUUUCGGGAAAACACGGUAGUACACAAAAUAAUUUAAACUCGUUUAAU